GGACACGAAGAACAGACUUGUGGUUGCCGAGGGGGUGGAAAGGACUGGAGUUUGGAGUUACUACAUGCAGACUGUUGUGUUUGGAGUGGAUAAGCAGUGAGAUCCUGCUGUACAGCACAGGGAACUAUAUCCAGUCACUCGCGAUGGAGCCCGAUGGAGGAGAAUGACUUGAAGAUACUGGAAAUCUGUGUGGCUCCAAGUUCCCGUGCUAGCGAGAGAAUGUGUACCCAGCAGGCAUGACAGGCUGAGGCAUUCGGUUUUCCUGCCGACCCUGGCACAGAUCGCUUCUCUGCUGGUUGGAGCCAAAGAGCACAAUGAGCACGAGAAAGCGUCGUGGCGGGGCAGUAAAUUCUAGACAAGCCCAGAAGCGAACUCGAGAAUCACCCUCCACCCCUGAGAUGGCCUUGGAGGCAGAACCUAUAGAACUUGUGGAGAGUGCUGGAGACGAAAUAGUGGACCUCACCUGUGAAUCUUUAGAGCCCGUGGUGGUGGACCUGACGCACAAUGACUCUGUUGUGAUUGUUGAAGAAGGGAGGCGGCCAAGGAGGAAUGCGAGGAGGCUGCGCCAGGACCACGCCGACAGCUGUGUGGUGAGCAGUGAUGACGAGGAGCUGUCCAGGGACAGAGACGUCUAUGUGACCACCCAGACCCCCCGAAAUGCCAGGGAAGAGGCAGCUACAGGACUCAGGCCCUCUGGCACCGUCAGUUGUCCGAUCUGCAUGGACGGGUACUCAGAGAUUGUGCAGAACGGACGUCUCAUCGUUUCCACAGAAUGCGGCCAUGUCUUCUGUAGCCAGUGCCUCCGCGAUUCCCUUAAGAACGCUAACACUUGCCCAACUUGCAGGAAAAAGAUCAACCACAAACGAUACCACCCCAUUUAUAUAUGAAGUGUCGCGAGCUGCUCAGGAGAGUCGGAUGGACAGACAGAGCCUGGCUGGGUUCGCCACGUGGCCUUAUGUGGGUUCUCUGCCUCCAGUUUCUUGAGCGCAAAAAGACUGAUUUCAAAAUCAGCGUCUGAUAUGUAACUGCUCUCUUGUUUCCACCCCCCUUAGAUCCUUCCUUUGCCUCUAGUUUGAUGCUGUGGAGCUGGAGCUGGAGCCAGAGCCCUCCCCGGCCAGGGUCUACACCUGCUCCUCUGGGUGGUCUGGUUCCAGGAUAGGAGAGAGGGAGGGGGGCCCGUGGGAAUGAACGCCGUGGUUCCAGCCUCCGUCCAGAACCCGCACAUUUGCUGUGACGUUUGCCUCAGCUUCCUGCUGGCAGCGUCGUGGAGGGGCUGGCCCAGGUCGGAGAGCAAGCCGCUCCGCCAGCUCCCGUGGGCGUGCUACCUCGUCCCAGGCAUCUGCCCACCCCAGUGACCAAGGCAGACAAGGUCCAUCCGGCGCGAGGAUCCCAAGUGCAGCACGGCCCGGAGCGACCAGCCGCUGGACUCUUUCUUCCCUUGAGAGUCAGAGGUCACCGUGAUUCCACCUGCAGUGAUCAGGGGUUUCUGCAGCUCUCAAGGCCCUCUGCAGGCGAUCUGUUUUCUAAGAACGAAAUGUGCAAUAAAGCCCGUUCUUUGCCUACUUUUCAGCAGCCAGGAGAUGUGGCACUGUUAGUGUCCCUCGGAGGCCUCGCGUCGCCUGUGGAGCAGUGCCCAUCUUGCCCCGUCCUGUUCGCCACCUGUUCUCAGGAACUUCACCCGUGCCCGAGUUUCCCUGGCACAGGCCGUGUAAGGUCCCUGGGUAGGCGCGUGGUCGGGUGUCCUCUUCUGAUAAAACCCACCUGUGUUUACCACAUGCCCUCUGGGCCUCAGCUCCCACUGCCUCGUGUCUACUCAAGCAUAGACCCUGGGCGGUGGUGGCCGUAAUUGUGGCCUUAUUAGCCGCCAGUGUCCAUGCUGUCGCCCAAGUCACAACUGCCCUGCGUCUCAGAGCUCGGCUCUCCAGACCUGAACGGGCACCUCCCCCACCAGCUGACAUUCAUUUCAGAAGCUGCUCUUCUGGCCUUGAGCCUUGGGCUGUGCUUGCUCCAUAGGUUGAGUUGGCAAAGUAUGGGCCCCUCCUCCCCGGGGCCGGAUUACACCCUCUGCUCAGCUCCAGCGUGUGAGGCUCUGGUCCUUCAGGAGGCGGCAGGGUGGCCCGAGGCACAGGGCUCGGGGCUGGCUCCCCAGGGGAGAGGCCUCGUCUCGUGCCUGCCGCCUCCACCUCCACACCCUCCUUCCUCAGAGGGCUCUGGGCCAAAUCAACAGCCCUUUGCGUGUCGCGUUUUCGCGGUGGAAGGGGCCUCCUCUGGCUUUGCAAUAACGGGCCUUCAGCUUAUCCUGGAGGAGCAAGGACUCGGCACAGAAUUCACUUUAAACGGGGCUAAAGGAGUGUCCCUCUAUGAAAGAAAGUUGUUUUAUUCUUCAUUCUGACCUAACUGCCGUGCAUUUGAUGAAAGAAAUAUUUUCUACUUGGAGUCGAGGGCGAGACCUGAGUUCUCAUCACUGUGAUGUGUCGUGUCUGCCCUUGGAUUGGACACCAUUGCCCCUGGGUUCCUUCUGGGCUCCACAGAGCGCUCUUCAUGUUCUAACAGUACCCAGACUUCAGGAGCCCAGACAGCCACCCAGUCAAAACCGCUUAUGUUUUUUGCUUACGAACAAAUGGUUGGAUCAUAACAAUUGUAUUCCUUCAUACUAAAUUAACUUGGGAAAAAAUGUUUAGUUUCUACAUAUUCAGAAACUGCAAAAUAGGAAAGGGUCGGUAUGGAAAAUCCUCAGUGUACAUAGUUCAAAUCUUUGUUACAUUUAAACUAUAUCCAUGUAUGUCUCUCUGUUUUGGACUCCUCUGCUAGUGUUACAGGUGGAAAUAAACCAUUAAUUGGAACCAGG